GUCCGCUCUCUGAGCUCCUCCCGGUGACUGACACCGCAAACGUUAGGACAGCUCAUAAAUGGCAUCUCCUACAGCGUUCGGCACCCUGUUGAAUUCCCAAACCCCAUUUGGAACCAGAUGAAGCUGAUGUUAGCAUCUCUCAGCUAUUUGGAGAAGCUAGCAUUUCAACAUUGAACAUGAUGCAGCUGGAAUGAAAUGUUAAGGAUGAGAGAGAUCCAAGGACUGUUUGGAAAGGGAGAAACAAAUGGCAUACAAAUACAGUCUUUUUCACCUCUAGCUGUGUUCAUAGCCAAGAACAUCAUGAGGCUGCAGCGUCUGGGGAUAACCCACGUCCUGAAUGCAGCAGAGGGGAAAUCAUUCAUGCAUGUGAACACUAAUGCAGAGUUCUAUGAAGGCACAGGCAUCAGAUACCAUGGCAUUAAAGCUAAUGACACACAGGAAUUUAACCUCAGUCGCUAUUUUGAGGAGGCAGCUGAUUUUAUUGAGAAGGCACUUGCCCAGAAGGAUGGACAGGUGUUCGUGCACUGCCGGGAGGGUUACAGCCGCUCCCCCACGCUGGUCAUCGCCUACCUCAUGCUCCGGCGGAACAUGGACGUCAGGACUGCCCUCUGCACGGUCCGGCAGAAGCGGGAGAUCGGCCCCAACGACGGCUUCCUGAGGCAGCUCUGCCAGCUCAACGAGCGGCUGGUGAAGGAGGGCAAGCUGAAGCCCUAAGAUGGGGAGAGAGCUGUAGUGCUUUUUUUUUUUAAGUUUCUCAGACCUUUAGAGGACAUUUUAGGUGCUUUAGAGAGCCCCCCCAAACCCCAACCACCAAGCUAAAGAGAGACAGGAUUCCUGCUCGUCCGGUGGAAGUGUCGUUCUUGAACUCUGGGACUGAGGUGGCGCGAAAUUGUGUCACCGUUUGGGAGCUGUUGCAAUAAAGAGGUGUUUUUAGAGGGAUAACUCCAGUGAUAACAGCUGUCUUCACGUGUAUGUCAGAGCCCCUGAAGACUCCAUAGCAUAUGUGGUUUGCAUUGACACUGAGUGUGAUUCAGUUAAGCUUUGUCUUGUGUCUCACCAGAGCACGAGUUUCUGAAAGCCCCGACACGUCUCUUCACUCACUCUUAAAACAAGCACUGUAAUUUCUAAAGCUUCUUUUUUCGUGCACAGAGGUGCCUGAUGUUUGAAUGUAGGAGCUGAAAGGAAUGGAGAAGUGUGUAUAUUUAUGCACAGAUGCACUGGUUUGUAAAAUGAAGUGUAUGCAGUGUUUAGUGUGGAUUUAUGCAAUACACAGUGUGUGAUAGUAAAGCCAUUCAGAGCCCAUUCUUGAUGCACACUGUAUUUCCAAGAACAGUUGUACCUCUUGCUGUUGUGAUUGACACAAAAUAGUGUGUUAUUAAAUGCCCUUUUAUUUUUGUUUUGAAGUCAUACUAGAAAAAAUGUCAACAGCAAAUGCUGAGGAAAAGACUUGAGCAAGGAAGAGAAAAUGUUUGUAUUUAGAAGUGCUUGUACUGGAUGUAUGAUAAAGUCCUAAGUAUCAGAAUGUGAUGGCUUUCAAAGUGUCUUUAUUCCUUAUUUACUAUCACUGUUUAUCAACAUAGAAUAGAAUGAGCACACAUACUUCCAGCAGGGCAGCACAGGUGUGCUUUCAAAGCAGUUUUCAGAAGUAUACUCGACUUCUUAGGUUGCUUGCAUGGCGUCAUUAAACAGAAAUGAGAAUUGUAACAUACCACACUGUAUAGGAAAUAUUUACUUUCUGUUAAAAUAAAUGAUGUCUGGAUUGUGUUUGGCAUACA